AUGGGCGAGGAAGGCCCGGGCAAGCUCGUCAGCCCGUUCUCUAGCGCACAGGCAGAUAUCAGCAACACCAGGCAGGAGCAGGAUGCCUGCUGUUCCCAGCCGAUGUAUGAUUCACCGGCGGCGGCAGAUCAGAAAAGCUUACUCGUCAAGCCGGUCUCGGCUUCCGCGCUUACGAAGGCGCUCUCAGAGCUGUCAGCGCCCCCCUCAGUCACUUCAGAGGAUGUGAAGCCGGAGCUGUGUUGUUCCCAGCCCGAGGCAGGCCAGCUAGUGCCGGCUUCCGACAGCACUGCACUGAUUGCACCCCAGACACCCCAGCCCGCAUCUCUACCGGCUGGCAGCAGCAGCUUGGACACGCACGAGUCCGACGCAGACGAGGCAUGCUGUCAGGACGAUGGGGACUCGCCAGCUGCCUCGCAGGAGGCAGGGGAGCCUGCAGACCCAGCAAGCACAGCACCCCAUCCUUCUGGUGAGGAGCGUCCGGGCAAGUCGAAGGGCUUCGACCCCAACGCUCCAAAGUACCGCGGCGUCAGGCAACGGCCAUGGGGCAAGUGGGCCGCUGAGAUCAGGGAUCCGCGGGAGAGCAAGCGCAAGUGGCUGGGGACCUUCGAUACAGCAGAAGAUGCUGCAAGGGCGUAUGACGCUGCAGCAAGGGAGAUCCGUGCGGAUGACGCCAUCUGCAACUUUCCCUUGGACGGCGCAGCCCCCAUCCCCGUUCCCAACCAAAACAGCAGGAGGAAGAAGAAGCCUGACUCUGAUGGCGAUGGCGAGAACAAGGCCAAGCCCAAGAGUGAGCGGAAGGCGAAGAAGGACAAGGAGAAGGCAGACAGUGACUGCAAGGGCAAGCGGUCAAGGGAGACUACAGCUGCUUUCUCCCUCCCGAAGUCUCCGCCGGGCAAGAAGAUGGAGCUGCCUUCAUUCAAGAUGGACAAGUUGGACUUCCGGAAUAAGGAGCUGCCGGUGUUUGACGAGCCAGUGUAUGGCAUGUCUCCGCCGGACGCGUUCUACGGUCUGGAGUUCUAUGGCGCUGACAUCAUCUGCCCCGGCAGCAUCAUGGCAAUGAUGUCAUCCUCCCUCGGCGCGCAAUGCGGCGCCGAAGAAAUGAUGACGGCGAGGGAUUUGGAUGCAGCGGGCCCUCUGCAUGAGGACCUGAUGCAGAUGUCGCUGGAAGACUUUGAGGAGUGCUCUCCCAGCACAGGCGGCAUGUGGGCCCACUACAGCAUGUCAGUCGCGCAGGCAUUGUGA